AUGUCGACAACUACAGGUGCCUUGACUACAUCUAUAACUUCAGCUCCGAGCCAUUUGGUGGGCCCAUUGACUACGACAUAUACACCUUUGGGCUCAGAUUGUAGUCAGAUUUUCUGGGCCCAAAAUCGACUCAAUCACUGGCUGGCAUUUGGUGGUAUUGGUACUGGGAGCACGACUUGUAUGCCGAGCGGGUUCAACCGUGAAACAGCAUAUUAUUAUUCCCCAGGGAUUUGCCCUACUGGAUACAGCGCCGCGUGCUCGUCAUUCUCCACAGGUUUGAGUGCUACCAAAACUGUAGCGACCUGUUGUCCUACAGGUUAUACAUGUUUUGCGGAUAGACCUUCAGAUCAAAUUUAUGGUUGUACAUCCUAUUUUACGGAAGAUGCAACAUUAUCCAUCAAUAGCGUCCUAUUCGAUACUGUCACUGCGGCGAGCACUACAUCUUAUCCAGUGAUAUACGCCAGCACGAGAAUAGCUGUCACAUCCGGAGUUAACAACGUGGCGGCGUAUGGUAUAAUCAUAGAAAGAGCUUCGGACGAUCCUACAUGGGAAUCAAGUACAACUUCAUCUUCUACAUCCUCUUCAACUGCAUCACCAAUUGCAAGUGUAUCUAAAACUCUCGUCUCCGCAACGUCAUCUUCAAGCACAUCAUCAGCGCCACAAUCAACAUCAACCUCAUCAACAUCAUCGAGCACUGGUUUAAGCACGGGCGCUAAGGCUGGGAUAGGAAUAGGAGUUGCCCUUGGUGUCCUCCUCAUAGGUGCGAUCGCUUUUCUUUUCUUUAGACGGCUACGAAAACGCUCUCAAAUAUCACAACCUCUUUCUAUUGUGGGGAAUGAAGCACCGACGGAAUAUUUUGAGAAGUUUAAUGAUGGCCGACGAUACAACGACCCUUCGUAUAUUUCAGAAGCUCCCUCUACAACGGUGAAUCAGCAGAGAGGCGAAUUGCAUGGAAACGAUAUAUCCUAUGAGUUGUUGGGGAGUUCGACGCCCGUGAAAUAG